AUGAAGACUGUUGCAACCUUCGCCAUCGCCGCCAUGUGCGCCAGUAUGGCUGCUGCCUCCCCUCUUGACAAGCGCGAGUAUGUGACCGAAAUCGACCUGUACACCGUGACCGUCACAGUAACCGGCUAUCCGCCUGCUGGUACACCCACUCCAUCUGCCCAAGUUAGCUCUGGCGGCAACAAUUGGAAUAGUUGGGGCCAAUGGCAUGGAUGGAAUAGCGAGUCGCCUUCUCCUGCCUCUGCUCCUCCUGAUACACCUGCCCCAUCUCCAGCCUCUGAUUCUUGGUCGACACCUCAAGCCUCGACUCCCGCUCAAGCGGCACCUUCACCCGCCUCCACCUCUGUCUCUUCGGAUUAUCAGCAGGGAAUUCUCGAUUCUCACAACAUGCAUCGCGACAACGCGUCUGUGCCACAUCUGACCUGGAGUGAUCAGAUGGCUUCAAUCGCCGCCCAGAUCGCCGCCAGCUGUGUUUAUGCUCAUGACACUUCCACCGGCGGUGGUGGCUAUGGCCAGAACAUUGGUGCUGGUGCUCCUCCCUCAGGUAUCCCUGCCAUGAUCACGGACGAGAUGUACAAUGGAGAGAUCAACUUUUACCCGGCGUAUGGGGUGGAGCCGGACAUGAGCAACUUCGAAAAAUGGGGUCAUUAUUCCCAGAUUGUCUGGAAAUCGACCACCGCUGUCGGUUGUGCCACUCAGUAUUGUCCCAAUGGAUUGGCCAAUACUGGUGGCAAUGUAAGCCCUUAUUUCACCGUCUGCAACUAUAGUCCACCAGGCAAUUUUGGUGGCGAGUACGCUGCGAACGUCUUGCAACCUGGCGGCUUGCCCACUGUCACGUUAUAA